AGAAGUUGGAACUUUUGCCGUAUGUCUCUCGGUUGGUUAACGGAAUCAUCGUUGAUCCCCAAGAAGGCCGAGAGAGUUGAUCUCUCGAAAGCCUAUGGGGGAUCUGCUAAACAUGAUAUCAACGUACUCAAGGCUAUGAUCGACGAUGGAGAGUCGGAUGCGACUGAACGCAAGAGGAAACAUGAGAGUGGUAGAGUACGGCCCUUGAAAAAGGAGAGUAGAUUAGCCCGACCUCAUAGAAGUGAUAAUAAUGAUGAUGGAGAUCGGAGUGAAGAUGCUGUGAGGAAGAAGCUCGAGGAGAAGGCGAGCUUGUAUGAGCAGUUGAUGCGGUCAGCCGCAGAAGGUGGUGAUGAUGAUGCUGUUGGUGGCGGUAGACUGGUUAAUUUCGGCAAUAAAGUGAAGCAGAUGGAGAUAUGGCAGGAUGAGGAGGCGGAGAGAUCUACAUCGUCAUCGAAAGAGGAGGACUGUGAGGUGAAGGGGAUGGAUGGCGGAGUACGGCAAGUAUUUGAGAGGACGUACAAUCCAGAGGAUAGGGAUGCGGCUGAUGCAUUCCACGCUGAGGCAGAAGCUGCACAAGCACGAUUGAAGAGAGAUGAAGAAUUUCCCCGAGCGAUGGGCCGUCGAGAAGCGAUGAAGCAGCGAUUGGCGGCAGCUAGAAAACGUCGGAAAGUUGACGAAAAAGACGAUGAUAAAAAUAACUGA